GGCAGCACACUUUGGAGGGGACUCAAAGAGAAUUCUUGCGUUAACAUAAAUGCAUAAAUAGCAUAAAUAGGAGAUGACCACUCUGACACUGGACUAUGGUAUUUUCAGCUCUAUAAUUCUUCGGUGUUUAAUCCAGAACUUCAGGAUUUGCUAAUUUUUGCAGAGUCGUUUUUGGUUUUUGUUCCCUGUUUAUGAAGUUGCACAAUGGUACGGCUUAUUCCUCUUAAUUGCCUGGGGCAGCAGCUUUAAGUGGAAACUCUAAGGCUCCUGUUAUCUAAUUAGGGCCUGUGAACAGCAUUUUUGUGAAAAGCAUGAGAUCAGUGUAUGAAAGGCAGCAAGAAAACUAGCACAAUGGAUAACACUCGAAAAAGGAACCUCACUUUUUUUACUAUUGGACUAAUUUUCAUGCUGAGCGGCAUAGAGUAUGCCGUCAUCCUACCUACAAUAUGGAGGUAUUUGCAGAUUUUGGAGGCUCCGCCUUACUUUCUGGGACUGGGUCUGUCAGCCUUCAGUCUGAGUGGGCUGCUCACCGGCCCACUUUUUGGCUUCUGGUCAGAUCGCAGCAAAACCACGAAAUCUAUCAUCCUUUUCUCCAAUCUCUUUGAGAUUGCUGGCAACUUCAUGUAUUUCCUCGGGUAUUCAAAGUGGCUGCUAUUAUGCAGUCGGCUUGUUGCAGGUAUCGGCGCCGGAGCGGGCUCCUCCAUCUUCGGUUUCCUGACUCGGAGCACUCUGCCGGAGGAGCGUGCGGGUAUCUUUGCAGCUGUAAUGGCCUGUCGACAGGCUGGCCUUCUCAUCGGGCCGGCGUUCAACUUGUUCCUGCGGCUGUGUGAUUUCAAACUGGGGCCUUUUGCUGUGAACAAGUACACGUCUCCCGGGAUCUUCAUGUGCCUGUUGUGGCUGCUGCUCCAGUUUGUCGUCCUGGCUCUGUACUGGGACGUACCUCCCAUUAAAUCAGAGGAGGAAGGCCUACGGAUGGAGAUGAAACAGGAGGACGAGGAAGAGGAGGCGCCGUUGAUUAGGGGUGAUGAGCAGCUGGCACACACCUACAGAGCUGUCAACUUGGACCAGCUGGGGGACUCCUCCUCCUCCUCCUCCUUGUCCGAGACUCAUUCUCUCCACGGAGUCGCGAACCCCUUCAAAAACUUCAGCGCCAGCAGAGAGUUCCUGAGAGAGGAGGUGGUUGUUGUCCUCACGGCUCAGUUCAUCACUCUCUUCAAUCAGACGGCGCUGGAGACCAUGGUGACUCCAAUGACGCAGCGCUACUUCAGUUUCGGGGAGCUGGGCAACAGCCUGAUGUACAGCCUGUGUGGGGUGGAGGUCAUCCUGGGCUUCUUCUUUGUGCGCUGGCUGAGCGGGAAGGUGGCGGACCGCGCCGUGCUGGCUGGAGGCCUGGUCAUCUGCUGCUUCGCCUGUGUCUGGUGCCUGGUUUUCCUUUGCAACCCUCGAGGUGGGUAUGGGUGGGAGCUGACGGCCUUCAUCAUCGGGGUGUUUCUGCAGCUGCUGGGCCUUCCCUUCGUGGCUGUGUCGCAGGUGUCGCUCUUCUCCAAAGUCACUGCAGAAAAGACGCAAGGGUUCAGCCAAGGCGUGCGGCGCUCAGUUGGGGGCCUGGCCACUAUCUUGGGCCCUUUGUGGGCAGGAGGGUUAAUCAACAAUUUGUACGUAAUGCUGGGCAUGAUGCUGGUGCUCCUUCUAAUGGUCACAGUCAUGACGGCUCUGUCGUACAAGCGCCUGGUGGAGCCCAGGGUGGUGCAGUGUGGCCAGAGCUCCGACAGCGGAGGAUAGAGAUGCACGCCGAGAGACGAGCUGGAGGCUGAAGAUGGAAUUCCUACCCUCGUGUGUGUCACUUGAAAUGUUGCGCUUCCUGUAUUGUUGGUUUAUAUCCAUCCCCAUACAUGUCAAGAUCAGACUAUUAAUUACAUUUUGCACAAGGGGGCACCAUUGCUCUCAUGUCAGAUGUUGGGAGGUUUAAUUGAGGAUGAAAGACAUUAUUUUUAAAUAGUACUAUUUAUACUCAGCGGUGUUGAUUAAUAAAUAUCAGAGUGUAUUUUUUGGUGACCUGUGUGGCAGAAUGUUCUCUCGUUGUCCCCAGAUUUCUUUCUUCCUCCAACGAGAAACAACAAACUUGUCUUUGAAAGCGAGCCGACUGACACAAUGAGUGCAGAAGUGGAGUUGUCAACAUCUCACCAGCUCCACGUCAGCGCAGCUGACAGGAGCAAAGAAACUAAAGCUUGUGCAGAUUUGUUGCUUCUUUCUUUUUUUUGCUUUUUUUCUUCUCCUUCCUGCAGCAGAGUAAAGCAAGGGCCUUGCAUGUAAUUAAACCAG